AUGACCGCAAUACGAUUCUCGGUUAACAGUAACUUCUUUAGUGAGAGCUUCGACAGCAUCUAUCUCGAUCUUUCCAAGGAGAGUGGCAAGUGCAGAUUUGCCGAGACCGGCUUCGGGUGGAAGCCGUCCAAUGGCGGUGACACAUUCACGCUUGACCAGAGCAACAUUGGCGGGGCGCAAUGGAGCCGGGCAGCUAAGGGUUAUGAAAUUCGAAUUCUGCAACGGAGUUCCGGCAUCAUUCAGCUGGAUGGUUUCCAACAGGAAGACUACGACCGGCUUAGCAAGGUCUUCAAGAACUGGUACAGCACUGUUCUCGAGAACAAAGAGCAUGCGCUUCGUGGCUGGAAUUGGGGCAAGGCUGAGUUUUCCAAGGCCGAGUUGACCUUUAGUGUGCAAAACAAACCCGCCUUUGAGCUUCCUUACUCGGAGAUCGGAAACACCAACUUGGCUGGUCGCAACGAGGUGGCCGUCGAAAUGUUUCUUCCCCAGGACUCCAAUGACACGGGCACCAAUGGGCAGCUCGGUGGCGCUCGCGGCAAGGGCAAGAAGGCUGGUGGUGGGAGAGAUCAGCUUGUAGAAAUGCGGUUUUACAUUCCGGGUACAACCACUACCAAGAAGGAGACUGACGGUGACGAUGCUGAAGAGGAGGAGGCCGAGGAGAAAAACGCCGCUACGCUCUUUUACGAUACUCUCAUUGAGAAGGCAGAGAUUGGAGAGACUGCUGGCGAUACCAUCGCCACCUUCCUCGACGUUCUUCAUCUCACUCCAAGAGGUCGUUUCGAUAUCGACAUGUACGAAGCUUCUUUCCGACUCCGUGGAAAGACAUACGACUACAAGAUACAAUAUGAGGCCAUCAAAAAGUUCAUGGUUCUGCCCAAGCCCGAUGAGAUGCACUGCAUGCUAUGUAUCGGUCUAGACCCACCUCUACGUCAGGGUCAGACCCGAUAUCCUUUUGUUGUCAUGCAGUUUAAAAAAGAUGAGGAGGUCACUAUCGACUUGAAUCUCGACGAGUCAGAACUGCAGUCCAAAUACAAGGACAAGUUGGAACCUCACUACGAAGAACCCCUGCACCACGUUGUUGCCAAGAUCUUCCGUGGUCUGGCGAACAAGAAGAUUUCAUCGCCUGCCAAAGACUUCAUCACUCACCGAAGUCAGUACGGCAUCAAGUGCUCCAUCAAAGCCAGCGAGGGUUUCUUAUAUUGUCUGGAAAAGGCCUUCAUGUUCGUGCCCAAGCCGGCCACGUACAUUGCCUAUGAGCAGACGCAGUCCGUCACAUUCUCCCGAGUGGGUGGUGCCGUCUCCACCUUAUCUACCUUUGAUAUAACUGUCGUGAUGAAGAACGGCGCCGGGUCAUCGCAGUUCAGCAACAUUAAUAGAGAGGACCUCAAAGCUCUGGAGACGUUUUUCAAGCUCAAGGGUCUACGUGUCAAGAAUGAAAUUGACGAGGAUGCCAACAUGCUUGCUGCUGCGCUUCGAGAACAGGAUAUGGACGACUCAGAUGAGGAAGUUGUCGCCGGCAAAGCGGAUCGGGGCUCGGCAGAUGAGGAUGAGGAAAGCGUGGACGAAGAUUUCCAGGCUGACAGUGAUAGUGACGUCGCUGAGGAGUAUGACAGCGCACAUGAGAGCUCAGGCUCCGGCAGUGCUGAGAGCGACGUUGAUGCUGAUGAAAUGGAUGAAGACGAGGACGAGGAAGAAGCUGACGAGGAGCGUCCCAAGAAGAAAAAGAAAACUGGUUAA